GAAGUUGUUCGUGUUUUGUGUUCCCUUGCGUGAACACGAAGCAUCAAUCACCAUCUUUACAACCCCACAGAACAUACAAGGUUGCAAGAAAAGAACCCAAAACUCAUCACACCACCAUACUUAUAAUAAGCUCUGUUUGGCGCAGAAACAUUGCAGCAAUCUCAGUCGUCGAGUAAAUGGCGUCGCCGCGGCUGAGAAAAGCAGCACAUGUGCUUCUGUAUCUCAACUUGUGCAUGUACGCAACUGUUUUGGGCAUCGGCGGCUGGGCCAUGAACAGAGCAAUCGACCACGGCUUCCUCAUCGAUAAAGGCUUUGAUCUGCCUGCCCAUUUCUCGCCUAUAUACUUCCCCAUGGGAAACGCCGCCGCCGGAUUCUUCGUCGUCUUCGCUUUGAUCGCCAGCGUCUUCGGAGUUGCUUCGGCUAUCUCUGGACUCAACCAUGUUCGUUACUGGGGCAUAGAUAGCCUGCCGGCUGCCGCCGUCGCCGGCACCAUUGCGUGGGCUCUUACGCUUCUGGCCAUGGGAUUUGCGUGGAAAGAGAUCGAUUUGAGCGGCAGAAAUAGCCGUUUGAUAACAAUGGAAGCUUUCAUCAUAAUCCUGUCAGCUACUCAGCUCUUCUACGUCGGCGCCAUCCACGGCGGUGCCGCCAUGGAGGUCACCGCCGUGAAGUCAGCCACGCCGUCAAAACCAGAAACAACCGUUUGAUGUUUGUUUCUAGGAGUUUUUUUCUAUUCGUUUUGUGUUGUUUUUGCAAAUAGUAGAGAUGGACCUCUCAAAUCAAAUCCAAUAAUAAAUAAAUAAAAGUGACGGUUGUUGCAAAA